GAAGGAAUUUGUGGGUGCUGAGGAGGGGCUGGUAGGCGGCCAUCGAAGUUCCAGGGGUGAUCCUUGAUUUACAGGAGUCAGUUUAGAACCCAGGAUAACAUCUGGGAAACAUCUCUGCAGACUGCUGGUAACUGCCUUAGGAAGGCAAAGCAUUUGUGAGGAGGCGGCUGGGAGGGCUGGGGUGUGGGUUUUGUUUUGUUUUGAGUUUUUGCUGUAGGCUUCCUGUGUCAACACUGCCCGGCCUCCAGCUGCGCCUGUGAGUGGGGAGAGCGUCUCUGCUCCUGCAGGAGGGCUGCCAAGGGAAAUGAGCUAAUCCCUGCAUGAACAACGUCAACAAAUGGCCACUCCAGCAUGAACUGAAACAGCCCAGCUGCACCUUUGUCUCUGUAAAGGUCCAGAGGAGCUGAGCUUCUGCCGAGGGUUGUGGGAGGCUCUCCUCAGGCUUCAGGGAUGUCUUCUGAGCCCUCCUCAUCCUCCUCGCAGCAGGCCCCCGGCUCUCCCCCGCCGCCCAGCUCGCUGCACCUGCCGGAGAGCCGGAGGCCGCGGGAGCGCUCGCCGUCGCCGCUGCGGGGGUACCUGAUCCCCAGCCCGCUGCCCACCCGCCGCACCAGGACCUUCUCGGCCACGGUGAGAGCCUCGGAGGGGCCCAUCUACAAAGGGGUCUGCAAGUGCUUCUGCCGCUCCAAGGGCCACGGCUUCAUCACGCCCGCGGACGGAGGGCCCGACAUCUUCGUGCACAUCUCCGACAUUGAGGGCGAGUACGUUCCCGUGGCAGGCGACGAGGUCACCUACAAGAUGUGCACCAUCCCUCCCAAGAACGAGAAGCUGCAGGCAGUGGAGGUGGUGAUCACUCACCUGGCCCCUGGCACCAAGCACGAGACGUGGUCAGGGCACGUCAUCAGCUCCUGAGGUGUCCCUGGAGCGUGGCUGGGCUCUGCUCAACCACUGCCUGCAGGACCUGGCUGAAGAAUACUGUGUGUGAGGAAAUACUGCAUUGUCAAUAAAGCAGAAGCAGGCCCAAAUUACCAUUUUUUACAGCUGGCCUGAUUUAAAAAAAAAAAAAAAGGCAACUCAAAUGCUAAUGAAAAAAUAUCUAGCGUAAUGUGUUUACAAGAAACGUAUUUAAAGAGACCUAGUUUGUGUGCUUGGUGGAGGAGGGGAGGUUUGGGUUUUCUUUUGUCUUGUGAACUGAUUCCAGGAAAUGCCCAGGGGAGGGGGGAGAGGUUUCAAGGAGAGCUCUUCUAGUGCAGAUGGUCCAGCACAGCCCUGAGCCCUGGGUGCUGGGUGAGCCCUGGGCUGCUCUCCCAGGCUGCAGUACCUUUACUGCUGAUAACAGUGCCUGAACGCCUUGGCCUGACUGACAGAGGUGUUCAUUGCUGAUUAGUUUUCCUCAUGGAAGGAAGUUCACAAACAGAGCAGCUGCCACAGGGUGGAAAAUCUCCAUCAGGUGGUUGUGCUCCAGUGCCCAUCAGCUGCAGCACUGCAAAUGGUGUGGCUGCAUGGUGUGGAAACUUGUACUGGUAAAGCUGGGGUUGUUUGUGAAUUUACUUAGGUGCCUUGAUGGUUGAUUAGCAACAGAUUUUAUAGGCCAGUAUUAAAAAAAAAAAAUCCAUCCCAAAUUUAAAUUUGCUUCGAGGUAAGUGAUAGAAAACCAUAGAGUAGUGGAUACUUCAUACCUUGAAUGUGUCUGAAUUUUGACCAGGCUGAAGAUUUGCCUUCUGGACUGCAUCCAGCUGACUGCUGUGGUGUGCAGGGGGCAGGCAGGACACCUGCACUUCUGCACAGCAGCGUGUGCUGCCCAGCUGCCUGUGUGUUAAACACUCUGUGGGUUCCUCAGCAGGCUCAGCUGUCCUGGUGGAGUCCAUUCUGCAUCUGUUUCCCUGGCAAACUCGCUUGGUAGAUGUGACAGGGCCAACCUUCCCCAGACUCUUCACGUAAUUGUCGUGCUACUAAAUUGG